AUGUUUAUGCUAAGAUCAACAUCCGCAACUUUAGCUCUAUGCCUAGUAGCAUCUCACUUUCGAGUCUCAGAUGCUGCAGCACCAACCGUAGGUCAUGCUCCGUUUUUAGCAGGACCUCUAGCGAGCGACAUUGGUGGGGCCCAUCUGCUUCUGGAAAAUGAUGUCGACUCUUCCACAGCCAAGCAUGCAUUCCUAUUACUUUCAAAGCCAAGAGGAUACUAUGAUGGCAUGGAAGCCUGCGCGUCUAUGGGUGAUAGUGGAUACAUUUUCGUCCCUGGAACAGUUGGUGCCAACAGUCUAGUUUCGUUGCUGAAGAAGAAUGCACCUGCGCAGAAGGAAGCGUCUGCUUUCUCUCAGUUCUGGAUUUAUAAUGCUAUGCCCGGUGUGGUGGACAACUGUUUGGCAGUCAAUAGAAACACAGGGAGAACUGAUUGGAUUCCAUGCACUACACAACUACCCACGGUCUGCUUCAACAGCGUAAAGCGCUGUAAGCACUUUUCAAAAGAUACUUCCCGUCAAAUCAGGGUCAACACACCUAUAGGUUCCAUCCAAGGUUGGCGUGACCAGAAUGCAUUCCGAUUCUUGGGAAUCCCUUAUGCUGAGCCACCUGUCGGAGAUCUGCGAUUUGCCGCUCCUGUCGCCAAAGCUCCCUUCAAGCAAACUUGGGAUGCAAUCCGCUACAAGAGUGUUUGUCCUCAAACUACAGGAAUUACCCCUAAAAUCAUUAGCUAUCUCGAAAACGAAGCCCCAGAAAGUGAGGACUGCCUAUAUUUGAAUGUUUAUACUCCUAGUUUAAAGGGCCCUAACGAACCUUUGUUGCCAGUGAUGUUCUAUAUCCAUGGCGGGAGUUAUACCAGCUUUUCUGGUUCGACAGCCGUAUUUGAGCCUGGUAACAUGGUCUCUCGUGGAGGAGUUGUUGUUAUCACCUUCAACUAUCGUCUUGGUUUACUUGGUUUUUUGGAGAAUGAGGAUGUAUGGCCGAGGUCAUCCAUCCCUGGUAACCAAGCUUUUCGUGACCAAAUUUUAGCUCUCCAAUGGGUGAAAAAGAAUAUUGCAUCGUUUGGAGGAGAUCCCAAUCGACUGACAGUCUUUGGUGAGAGUUCAGGUGCGACUAGUAUCCGUGCCUUGCUUUCAGCUCCCUCCACCUGGGGGCUCUAUCAGAGUAUCAUCGCCCAAAGUGAUCCCAUCAAUAUCCCAUUUGAUCUUCCUUUGACAUCUGCACGAGUCACUAACUACUUCAUGGAGGCUCUCGGUUGCGGUGUCACGGAUCUGAACUGUGCUCGUUCCAGAAGCAUGGAAAAAAUCAUAAAAGCGCAGAUCGUUGCCAAUUCAAGGAUGCUUGCAGAAAACAAAUGGGCUACUGAAAUCCUUGUGCAGCGACCUACGAUUGAUGGUCAACUAAUCCCCGCAGAGUUCUCACAGCUGGUCAAGACAGGCAAGUACAAUACCAAGGCCAAUAUCAUGUGGAGCAGUACUAAGGAUGAGGUCGGUCGGUUUAUUCCCCAUCACUUCCCCAAAGUCAUCGAUCCAAAGAAUGCGUCAGUGACUCUGGACCUCUUCUUUGAUACCAGCCGAGCUGACAAGCUCUUGAAGUCAGAGUACUUUCAACCUGACCCCAAUGACCCAGACGGGGCUCGUAAUCUGGUCAACUAUGCUGGAGCCCAAUAUUUCUUUUUCUGUCCUCUUCGCUAUCUCAGCCGUCAAAUCGCCAAGAACAAGAAGAUAUACAAAGCCCGAUUCAAUUAUGGUCGCAACUUUCCUUUUGUUGGUUGUACCUAUUGUUCAGUAAACACAGGUCGUGUCUGUCAUGGUAGUGAUAUCCAACCUGUGUUUGCGAGUGGUGCUUCUGUCCCAGGACAUUCACAAAAGGGAGAUGAUGCGCGAUUCGCCCGCCAGGUUGUGGAUCGGUUCACAGCAUUUGCCAAGACCGGAGAUCCCAAUCCCAAACCAGACAUUCAAGGGUUUGAGGCUACUAAUCCAGAUGUUACCAGUGUGCAAUGGAUACCAUAUGACGGCACCGAUCCAGUUCUUGAACUGAAUAUAACGAGUAUAGUGUCACGGAAGGCGUUUAAUGAUGUCUGCACCUGGUUUGAUACAGAGUUUUUAUAUGAUUUCUGGCUCAGGAUCUCCGACAAUACGCCAUGA